AUGCCCACUCAGAGUCAGACCGCAGCUAAUAUGGCAGAUCAGAUCGAGGCAAUCCCCGGAACGGUCCACUUGGUCGACGCCCAGGGAAGCAUGGACUCGCAGCACGCCAAAGGAGCAGAACACGACAUUGUUCUCGUGCCAGCUCCUUCGGCUCAUCCCGAUGAUCCGCUGAACUGGUCGCCGAGGAGGAAAUACCUCUCUGCCUUUUGCAUGGCAGCAUAUGUGCUUGUCAUUGGCAUCUGCUCCUCUGCGCUGUAUUCGACUCUAGGACCGCUGUCGGAGUCUACUGGUCUGAGCUACAAUGACUUGAACUCUGGAACGGGAUAUAUGUUUCUCUUCUUCGGCUGGGGCUGUAUCAUCUGGCAAGCCAUCGCCAUCCAGUACGGGAAGCGGCCUGUGUAUCUGUUGACGACAUUGGGUACUCUAGGGGUUAUGGUCUGGCAGCCUCACGUGCGAUCAAAUGGAGAAUGGAUCGCGACCAAGAUUCUGCAGGGAAUUUUUGGAGCGCCUAUUGAGUCGUUGGCGGAGAUUACUGUUUCAGACGUCUUCUUUACCCACGAACGCGGCAAGUUUAUCGCUCUCUAUGCUCUCGCACUCGGCUACAGCAACGGCAUCGCUCCACUUAUCAUGGGCUUUAUCAACGAUGGCCAGGGCUAUCAAUGGGUAUUUUACUGGUGUGCUAUCUUCUGCGCCGUCCUGCUCCUCAUCAUCUUCUUCUUCAUGGAAGAAACCAAGUUCGAUCGAGCGAAAUACAUGGCAACCAACCACAUCGAAGGACAGACAGUUUCUAGUACCAAUCAGACAUCUACCGACCCUGAUACCAAAGACGAUCUCGAUACAAAACACGACGUUGAGCAAGACCAAGUCGCUACUACAACUCUCACCAAUAUCAGCGCACGCAACGAGACCUUCGAUCUUGACAAUACCGAGUUUUGCAAGAAAUCCCGUAUCUCCCGUCUCAAACCAAUCGAGCGCAAGAACAUGAAGGGCGAGAACAGGCUCAUAAGGCUUAUUAGCCGUCCGAUUCUCCUCCUUGCGUUUCCAAUCAUCUCAUAUGCUGGUUUCAUCUACGGUUGCAACAUCGUCUGGCUUUCAGUUCUGAAUGCAACCGAGUCUAUGGUUCUGUCGAACAAACCUUACAACAUGCCUACUUCGACAGUUGGGCUGACAUUCAUCGCUCCUCUCAUUGGAACAACCCUCGCGUGCAUCUAUACUGGAAUAUUUGGUGAUAGAUUCAUCAUCAAGAUGGCGCGUCGAAAUGGGGGCUUCAUGGAAGCCGAGCACCGACUCUGGCUCUUCCUCCCCUCUCUCAUCCUCAUUCCCUUUGGAUGCAUCUUGUUCGGCGUCGGGGCUUAUUACGAGGCGCAUUGGUUCUCAAUUGUCUUUGCCAUGGGCGUCAUCUCUUUCACCACGACAGCUGGUUCGCAGAUCUCCAUUGCGUACUGCAUCGAUUGCUAUCGUGAUCUCGCAAGUGAAGCUUUAGCCACUGCCAUUAUCAUCCGAAAUACGAUGGCUUUCGGAAUUGGAUAUGGUGUCACUCCUUGGGUUGUCAACCUUGGUUAUCAGAAUACUUUCAUCCUGGGCGCAUUUGCGGGUCUGGCGCAUAAUCUGACCAUCUUCCCUGUCAUGAAAUGGGGACGGGCUUUGCGUCAGCGGAGUGCGGAGAAGUAUUGGAACACUGUCAAGGAGGGAGCGGAUUUGGACCUCAACCAUUGA